GCGUCACAUUCAUGCGCCGGAUACACUUCGGCAACGUGUGGAGGCAAAUUUCACGUGUGGAAAUCCAACCUGCGAUACCAAAUUCUGAAGUCGUGUCAGAAGUCGUCAUUUAUUGCCAUGGGUCGGAAAUUGGAUCCCACCACCAAAGUGAAGAGAGGGCCGGGAAAGAAAGCCAAAAAGCAGCAGGGAGCAGAGGUCGAGUUGGCUAAGUUUUUAACAGAAGAAGAAACUGGGACAAAACGUCUGUCAAGUCGAGCAAGGAAAAGAGCUGUCAAGAGAGUUCAGAAUUUACAGAAGCCUAAAGAUGUGACUAAGGAGCAGCCCAAGAAAGGAUUCACGGAUGAAAACAGCAAAUGGUUGACACCGGCAAAGAGGAAGCGCAAACUUGAUGAACCUGAGAGUGUGGAUGAUAGUGAGGAGCACUGGGAAGAGGAGGAAGAUGAUGAUGAAGAGGAGGAAGUUGAGCAGCAGCUGAAGAAGAAGAAGGGAGGAAAAGACCAAGAAAAGGGCGCAAAAUGUGAUGUGAAAAAACUGGAGGAGGGUGACGAUGAUGAUUGCAGUGAUGAGGAUGACGAGGAUGAAGAAAUGGUUGAUGACUAUGGUGCUGUAGAAGAUGGCGGUGGAGAUGAAGCAGAGGAAGAGGACAGUGAUGGAGAGGAUCUUCUUCCCAUCGAACGUGCUGCAAAGAAGGAGAAAAAGCAGAAAGAAUCGUUGGCUCUAGGGAGUGAUGAGGACGACGACGAUGAUGAUGAUGAGGAGGACGAAGAUGAUGAACAGGACUCAGAUGCUGACACGGAAGAGGAGGACACAGUUCAGACCAACACAAAUGAGGGAGAUUCAUUCAGACUGCCUGAGGCAGAGGACGGUGUCCUGUCUCUAGACUUGAAGAGCAUCUAUCAAAGAAUAAAGGACAACAUUGACGUCCUUUGUAAUUUCUCGGCAAAAAGGGAGGAGGGCAAAGACAGAAUAGAGUACCUCUCUCUUCUGAAGAAAGACCUCUGUACCUAUUACAGCUACAACGACUUCCUGAUCGAGAAGUUAAUGAACCUCUUUCCUCUGUCGGAGCUGGUUGACUUCCUCGAAGCCAAUGAAAUCCAGAGGCCGGUCACUAUUCGGACCAACACACUGAAAACGAGGAGGCGGGACCUCGCACAGGCUUUGAUUAACCGCGGAGUGAACCUUGAUCCGCUGGGGAAAUGGUCCAAAGUCGGUUUGGUUAUCUUCGACUCCUCAGUACCAGUCGGCGCUACACCGGAGUAUCUGGCUGGCCACUACAUGCUGCAGGGAGCCUCCAGCUUCCUGCCCGUCAUGGCGCUCUCUCCACAAGAGGGAGAGCUGGUGCUGGACAUGAGCUCAGCUCCAGGGGGAAAGACCACCUAUGUCGCUCAGCUGAUGAGAAACACGGGAGUGAUUGUCGCCAACGAUGCUAACGCUGAAAGACUGAAGAGCGUGGUGGGAAAUAUUCACCGUCUGGGGGUCACCAACACGGUGGUCAGUAAUUAUGACGGCAGGCAGUUCCCAAAGGUAAUGGGCGGAUUUGACAGAGUGCUGCUUGACGCUCCGUGCUCAGGCACCGGAGUUAUUGCCAAAGAUCCAGCUGUGAAGACCAGUAAGGAUGAGGCAGAUAUCCAGCGCUCUGCUCACUUGCAGAAAGAGCUGAUUCUGUCUGCCAUCGACUCUGUUAAUGCUGAGUCCACCUCUGGAGGAUAUCUGGUCUACUGCACGUGUUCGAUAAUGGUGGAGGAGAAUGAGUGGGUGGUGAACUACGCCUUGAAGAAAAGGAACGUCAAAUUAGUUCCCACUGGACUUGACUUUGGAAAAGAAGGCUUCACCAGUUUCAAAGAAUUUAGAUUCCAUCCUUCUCUGCGACUCACACGGCGAUUUUACCCUCAUUCCCACAACAUGGAUGGGUUUUUUGUUGCUAAGUUCAAGAAGUUCUCCAAUGUAAUUCCAGUUGUUCCUGCAGGAAAAGAAGAAAAGAACACGGAGGCUGCUGACGCUACAGACUCUCCAAAAGAGAAACCAUCAAAAAGCAACAAGAUGAACAAAACGUCUCUGACAAAGGCUGAUGGCGUAAAGCAAAAUGCCAAAGAAAAUGGAACAGCAGUUCUGACAGCUGCCAAAAUGAAAUCAAAAGGAAAAAAGAACUUACAAACUGGACCAAAGAAAGCAAAGGUUGCCAAGCUGGAUGGAAAGACUGCUGAGGGCCCCGAGAAGCCUUUGCUGAAGAAAGCCGAUGAGAAAAAAGAGGGGCCAAAAGCUGAAAAAAAGGAGGGAGGCAGAUUUGAGAAAAAGCAAGCAAAAAAGAGAAAAACACCCAAGACUGCAAAGAACAGACUUGGGAAGAACAAGUUCAACAAGUUGAAGCACAUGUUGCAAAAAACAGAUAAAAAGCUGCAUAUUCAGCUCCACGGAGUAGAGUUUCUCCUGGAAAAGCCGUUUUUCAAACAGCCAAUCGAGUUUUUCCAUUUCCAAACGGAAGCUGUGUUGUUUACAUUUUCCAAGAUGGCGGCGGGGAUGUAUUUGGAACAUUAUUUGGACAGCAUCGAAAAUCUUCCCUUCGAGUUGCAGAGAAACUUCAAUUUAAUGAGGGAUCUCGAUCAGCGCACAGAGGAUCUAAAAGGACAGAUUGACUCUCUGGCUAAAGAGUACACAGCCAACGCUCGGACUCUUUCCUCAGAGCAAAAGCUGUCCAUACUGAGGCAGAUCCAGCAGUCCUACAGUAAAUGCAAAGAGUUUGGAGAUGAUAAGGUGCAGCUGGCCAUGCAAACAUAUGAAAUGGUCGACAAACACAUCAGGCGUCUGGACACAGACUUGGCUCGGUUUGAGGCUGACCUGAAAGAAAAGCAGAUUGAAAGUACAGACUAUGAUUCCACCUCAAGCAAGGGGAAGAAAGGAGAUUCCAGACAAAAAGAAAAGAAAGUAGCAAAAACAAGGUCUAAAGUGAAGAGUUCAGAUGAAGAUGGCAGUCCCAAGAGUGCACAGAAGAAAGUCAAACUCCUUCAACCAGGAGAAUUUAACAGCCCAUCCUCCAACUUUGGAAAUGUGCACCCAUCUGAUGUCCUGGACAUGCCUGUGGACCCCAAUGAGCCCACCUACUGCCUGUGUCAUCAGGUGUCUUAUGGCGAGAUGAUCGGAUGUGACAAUACUGAUUGUUCCAUUGAAUGGUUCCAUUUUGCAUGUGUGGGCCUAACCACCAAACCACGAGGCAAAUGGUACUGCCCACGAUGCUCUCAGGACAGGAAGAGGAAGUGAAACACCUGGUUGUCCUGAAACAAAACAAGGACGCCAAUCUGGUGGAAGACAGGAAGAAUAUUUCUUCACUAGCGACUAGGAUUUUCUUUUCAUACUUUUCUUAACAUUUGGUGCUUUUCUUUUUGGUUUACGUCCUUGCCUUGGUCUGAUGCAGCGUGUGGGAAGGAGCCAAGUGGUUACAAAUUAAUUUAAGGUUGGAUCUUUUCUUUAUAUAAAAAAAUAACAUCAAUUCAGUUUUUUUAGUUACUUGUGAUUUUUUUUCUAAAUUUUCAUGUCUAAGUGAAAAAUAAACACUACAACUGCCCCUUGUGGUUUAAUAAUUGACAUUUCCACGACACUCUGUACAGUCAUUACAUUGAAACUAUUUUCAGUCAAUUGAUGAUUUGAUUCUUUGUUGUACGGUUGGUUUCUUGUGUUUAACUUUGCAACACUAGUUUUGUUUUUUUAAUUUAACAAAGGGGGAGAUUUUCAAAUAAAUGCUGCACCCUACAGUAUUAGUUACCUGUGGUAGUGAGUUUGACCAUCUCAUUUUAACAUUUGACUGAGUGAUGCAUAGUAAGACAUUUCUUGAAAAGUAUUGUAAUUUCUGUAGCUGAAAUAUUGAGAGUGGGAAUGAUUGUUGUCAAUCAUUUGAAUACAGCUACUACCUCAAAAAACAGAACAUUUCCCGUGUGGUCUUUUGUCUCAGUGUGUUCUCUGAUAUAUAAAGCAUUUCAAAAUUGUCAUUUAACCCGAAUGUGCCU